CAACCAAGUUUCACAAGUUGACUGAGUUUGUUGGUUUGUUUAUUAAGUAGUAAACUACCACGUAUACUGUUUUAGGGUUUUAUUUCCUAACUCGCUUGAUAAAUUAUGUUUAUUAUAUUAUAUUAGUUAGGAUUAGGAAAGGCUAUUUUAUUUAAAAUGACUGAUGAAACAUUUGUAUUAUUAAUACUCUGUUUGGUAAUGCUUUUUGGCUCCUAUUUCGCUGGUAACAUUCCGUUGGUGAUGAAAUUAAGUGAAGAGAAGCUGAAACUAGUAACGGUUUUUGGAGCUGGCCUUCUUGUUGGAACAGCUCUGUCAGUAAUAAUACCAGAAGGAAUUCGAUCUCUGUAUAUGAACUUGGGAGACGAGUUUUUAACUGCCGUAAACUCGCCUGCCAAUGUCGAAAGUAAAACUCUUAUGCGAAAAGCUCCAGAUCACGCUCGUAAAAUUGGCCUUUCAUUGGUCUUGGGAUUUGUUUUCAUGAUGUUGGUUGACCAGAUUUCACAGAAACGAAGCAGAAAUUCAGCAGAUAAGAAUGUAACGGCCACUAUUGGUUUGGUGGUACAUGCCGCAGUGGAUGGUGUGGCGUUAGGUGCAGCAGCAACUACAAGUCAUCAAGAUGUCGAAAUGAUUGUAUUUCUUGCUAUAAUGUUACAUAAAGCUCCUGCAGCGUUUGGACUCGUAAGUUUUUUGUUACAUGAAAAGAUUGAGCGGCACAAUAUUCGGAAACAUUUGGCAAUUUUUUGCCUAUCCGCCCCACUUUUAACAUUGUUAACAUAUUUUUGCAUUGGUCAAGAACAAAAAGAAACAUUGAACUCAGUAAAUGCGACUGGUAUAGCCAUGUUAUUUUCCGCUGGGACAUUUCUGUACGUAGCAACCGUUCAUGUAUUACCGGAAUUGACGCAAAGUGAUCACGAUAAACGCACUUCACAAUCUCAUUACGACUAUCAUCCUUUAGAAAUUUCAAUUUCAAAUUCAGCGCCUCAACAAAAUGUGACAUCAUCCAUUGGUGGUUUAAAAUACAGCGAACUUAUUAUAAUGAUAUGUGGAACUCUUUUACCAUUGGUUAUAACGUUUGGUCAUCAACAUUAAAUUUAGUUAAUAAAAUUGUCGUAUAUAGGUCUUAUGAUAUAAAUGUUCAUAAUAAACAUUAUACAAAAAUUA